AUGCAUCCAGCCAUGCAAGUUCGUCCCAGUCACCCCCACAAACUCGGUAAACUAAAACCGCUGACGAACGUCGGGGCAGUCGGCGACAGCAACAAUAAACUACCGCCCCAAGAACUGUGUCUCCAUGUCUACGACUGCAAAACCAACCAAAAAUUUUUAGUUGACUCCGGUUCAAUAGUCUCCAUCAUUCCGGCAAGCUCCAUAAGCUCCAGACUUGAAAAAAGUCCACUCACACUGUUCGCUGCAAACUCCUCGGCCAUCAGCACCUAUGGAACUAAGACAGUCCAGUUAGAUCUAAACUUGCGCAGACCUUUCAAAUGGUCUUUCAUCAUCGCUGACGUUCAAACAGCCAUCAUCGGAGCCGACCUGCUUACACAUCACAACCUAUUGAUUGACUUAACGAAUCAGCGUAUCAUCGACCCGCACACGUCCUUGUCAACAAGAGGCAAAACACUAGCCGCAGAAACCUACAACGUCUCAACAAUAGACUCAAGACUUCCAAGUAUUUAUGCGAAUCUGCUCCAAAAAUACAUAGAGAUUACGAAGUCGAUCAGCAAACCUAACCUCACAAACAUUUCUUACGCUCAUCGAAUAAUCACUAGAGGACCACCAACCACAGCACGCGCGCGAAAGCUUGGUGGCGAGAAAGCUGAAGCAACAAAAGCUCAAAUCGCAGACAUGCUGGACAAAGGCACCAUCCGAUCCUCGAACAGUCCAUAUGCAAGCUCGAUUCACUUGGCAAAGAAAAAAAAAAGUGUGUGCGUGUAA